UAGAAGAUGGCAAGGGUGUUAAUCAAAGACUAGUGAAGCCUCCCCCUGAGCCCUGAGGUAGCCUGUCCUGAGAAGGGCCCGUGGUCAGCUCUGUUCAGCCAGUUAGUGGCUGAUGUGAGAACUUCUUUCACUCCAUGUGAAGAGCAUAGUUUAUUAAAGAGCAGACACUGAGGCACUGAAGUCAAGAGGCAAGGCUAAGGUCACACCUCCAGGGAGGGACAGAGAGAAGAGCCAAACCACUUUAUUAUUUAAUAAGCAUUUACUGAAGCCCCUUUUAAGGUGAACAAUGCUGAGGACACAGCAGAGGUAAAGACAACCCCAGGCCCAGACUCAUAGGGCUCUUGGUCCAGUAGGGGGAGACAGGCCCAUUUUCAGACGGUGACAGCCAGGGUGGACAGGGCUGUGAUGGGGGGAGCCCACGUGGAAUAUCAGGGCAAUGUUGGGGAAAGCCUGGAGGCUGUGGGAGGCCAGAGGAGACACCUGGUGACCAAGAGGGCUUCCCAGAGAAUUCAUAAGAAGAACCAAGUGAAUACUGAAAAGAGCAUUCAAAGGGAAGGGCAUGUGUAUAAACAGAGAAGCAGAAAACAGACUGCGGAGUGGGGAGACAAGGAUGGAGGGUAGCAGGGGCAGAUGAUGUCGUCUUAGAUGCCACACUGCAGAGCCUGGACUCUGUCCCAAGGGCACUGGGGUGCCAGGAGAGUUUGAAGUGGAGGAGGGACAGAGUCAGGUUGCACUUUAGGAAGAGUCCGCUGGCUGCCAUGUGGGGGAUGGACCCUGAGCUCUCUGUGUGAGAGCCCAGAGGAAGCUUCGGUAGGGAAUCCUGGCAGCUGGGUGGAGCUGGGCAGGCUGUGGGGAAGGGAGGAGGGGGCUGGUGGAAAGAACAAUCAGGAGGCUGAGUGGAAGGGCCAUGGAGCCGACAGGCUGGAUUUGAGGGAGACAUUCAGGGCAAGGUCAGGGCUCUGGCUUAAAGAGGGGGCAGUGGGGACAACUCUGAGAUGGGGUUCUGGGGGGAAAUGCAGUUUGGGGGAGAUUCUAAGGCUCGUGUGGGACCUGGUGGGUGUGAGGCUCCCAGGGAACAUCCAAGGGGGGGUGUCCAGGGCACUGUGAGGCCACAGAUGUGGGGCAAAGAAGAGAGCCUGGGGCAGGGAAAAAGGGAGAGAAAGCCCGUGUGGGUGGGUGAGGAGCGUGGGAAGACGCCAAGGACAGGGAUCAGGAAGGACCCACCAUCCCAAACAAGAAGGUGGUAACAUGCAGGGUGCAGCCAACAGUUCUGCAGUGGACGUUGCUGUCUCUUCUACCGGAUCACCUCGAGACCGGAAGAGCAGCGCUCACGGAAAAAGGUUACUGCGCAAGUGCAAAGGUGGCAGGUGACCACUGAUGCGCAUGCGCUAAGGAUUCCCGCCCAAACCGCCAGAAGUAGUGCGUGGCGUCAUGUAGUGGUCACGUGGUGAUCACUGUAGGAGGCCAACGGUAGGUGUAAAGCCGUGUGGACUGGGCCCUCAGCUCUCCACCAGACCCCUUCCCCAGCGCGAAGACCCCGCCUUCAGGCGCCUCCUCCCUCAUACUCCUCCCUUCCUUCGGCUCCUGGGCCCUCAGAACCCACGUGUUUAUCAGGCCCUGUCAACAUUCAGCUCGCCCUCUCUGCUGCCCACAGGUACAGCCCUCAGACCCCUUCCUUACUUCUGUCCCCUCUCCUAGCCCGUAGACCCCUCCGCAGCACAUAGAUGCUUCCCUAAACCUCAGCCCACGCCCCCAACCCUCCUACCCUCUCCCAGCUCACAGACCCCAGCCACUGCCCUCAGAUCCCUCCCCCGGGCUCUUUCCGCAGCAGCCGGAAGACCCUGCCCUCAGACUGUCGUCCUCCCUUGGACACUUCCCUCUCACAGCCCGUAGACCCCACACCCUCUCUGGUCCUAACCCUCAGGCCCCUCUUCCUCCAGCCACUAGGUAGUCUUCAGACCCUCUUCCUAAGGCCUCAGACUCCUUUCCUUGGCCCAAAUCCUGUCCCUUUAGCCCUUACACAGACCCCAUCUCCCAGAUAGAGCACCUAGCCCUCAGAUUUCCUUAGAUCCUCUUCAUUCUCAGACUCCCUUAGAUCCCUGACCUUGUAGCUCUCUCAGAGCCCACCUUUUUUUCUCAUUCAGACGUUUCUCUCCAAAUAAGACCCCUCCUGAAUCACCUUCCUUUCUCAGACUGUCCCCCAGGACUCCCCACCAGUCUGUCUUUAUUGUCCCCAGAGACCUAGUCCAUCACUUCCUCCUGCCCUCAUGAGAACCCCUAGCUGAUCCCUGGCCAGAAGCUGACUGAAUCUGGAGCCCACAGAUGUCUUCGCUGCGUUCUCACUUACCCGUGGAGCUGGGCUCCGUUAGGAAUCCAGAAGGCCAGGUGGGCCGUCUGCAUCGCCUUGCUGUGGCUGGGGGCCCAAGCUGGGGUCUCACCCGGCUUCUGCAGAGAGUUGUCCAGGUAGAUGGUGAGAACUCUGCUGGGCAGACGGCGCUCUUCCUCUCUGCGCUGCUGGGCCACAGCUCUGCCGUGCGGCUCCUGCUGGCCUUUGGUGCCAACCCCAACCACCGCUGCCUCGAUGGCAGCACACCCGUGCAUGCGGGUGCCUUCUCCGGCCGCAGCCUGGUUAUGCUGCACCUGCUGCAGGCAGGGGGCGACCUGCGUCUGCAUGACCAGCAGGGUCACACCCCAUGGGACUGGGCAGAGCAGGGUGGUGCCAAGCAGAGCUGUGAGAUGCGGGAGCUGUUACAGCUCUGCCGGGCCAACAUAUCAGCACUAGUACACGGCAGUGAGUUGGCACCCACUGCAUCCGUGGACCAGUUGCAGGCCGGCUCUGGACACAGCCUGUGUGGUGGUUCCCUGUUCUUUCUGCGGCUGGUGCAAGCGGACAGGGCACCAUGGCCGGAGCAGAUCAGGAGAUCCCCCCAAAUUCCAGCCUCAGGGUUCGGCCAGCUGAGCAGCCUGUGGCCACUGGGGCUGGUAACAGGCAUACCCCUCGCAGAUCCCAAGGAGCUACUGCCAGCCCAGGGCGAGCCCGACCGCACCUAUGAGAGCAGCUCCCACACCCUCAUGGCCAACCUCCUGUGGAGGGGCCACCCUGUGACCGUGCGGCAGCUGAAGGCACCUGGAACCCAGCCUGACGUGCUGCUGGCUGACCUUCAGCACUGCAGCACCCUGCACCACCCCAGCCUGUUGCUGCUGAUGGCAUUGAGCCCCUCGGCGGACCUGUCAGGGCUGUGCCUUCUCUUCGAACCCGUGUGGCUGGGCUCCCUGCAUGUGGUGCUGCACCCACAGGGACCUAGAGAGGUGAGGCCCCGUGGGGGGCCCCGCCCUGUGCCAGGCCUGCUGCCCGGCCGCCUGCUGCUGCAGGUGCUGGAGGCCCUGCUGUUCCUGCAGGCCCGCUGGCGUGCUCACGGCGGCCUCAGCUCCCACGCCGUGCAGCUGGUGCGGCCAGGCCUGGCCAAGGUAGGCAGCCUGGAACACGGGCGCCCGCUGCAUCAACGCUGGCUGAGGCCCAGGCCACAGCAGGGCUACCCCUGGGGAGGCCCAGGCCCAGGACUGCCCCCACCUCCCGAACUGUAUCCAUGGCUGCCACUUGAGCUCAUCUGUGGUGACAUGCCUGCCGCCACCUCAGACCUCUACAGCUUCUGCAUCCUGGCCCAGGAGGUCUUCACUGGAGAGCUGCCCUGGGCUGGACGAGAGGGGCCUGAGGUGAAGGCCAAACUGGAGGCAGGUGAGAGCCCGGCCCUGGACCCGCUGGUGCCAGCCCCCUACCAGGCCCUGGUUCGGGCUGGGCUGGGCCUAGGGCCUGCUGACCGCCGGGGCAGCCUGCAGAGUACACGAUACCUGCUGCGGGAGGCCAUGGCCCAGGACUCGGCUCCCGAGGUGAGCUCCCCGGUGGACUGGACCACACUGUGCCCUUCACGCCAGGGUUUCCCACCAGAGACACUGUACCCUGAUGUGGCUCCCAGAGCCAACACUACACCCAGGCCUGUGCCCCCCGUGAUGUCCCUAGGCCCCUCCCCACCCCAGGUCAUGGGCCACAGCAGAGUCCAGAGUGGUGCAGCCUGGAAUUCGGGCAGCAGCCUGACUCUAGGCAGCAGCCCAAGUCCCAACCCUAGCCUCUGCCCAGGCCACAGCCCCACGGCCAGGGUCAGCCUGCACCGCUGCCUGGAGCCCAGAUCCACAGAUCCCAGCUCUGAGCUAAUCAGAGGAAGUCUCUUCUCCAGCCUGCAGAAGAUGGAUCUGCUGGAGGAGAUCAUAGCAGAGAUGAAAGGUGGAUACCAACUUGAAGACAGACCCAAGCUCAAUCCCACUCCUGACACAAAUUGUCAGGGCAUCCAUGGCCCCGCCUCGGCAGAUAUCGCUCCUCAGAGCCUCCCAGGAGGGACUCCGCACUUGGCACCUGCUGAAAUGAUAAAAUGAUAAAGUGA